GAAAGGGGGGCGUCUGCGGCUUAGUGCGGUUUGUUAUCAGUCCUGCGGCCGAAACGAAACCGUGACUGCACUGCUCAUUCCUCGCUUUUAACGAUGUAGAAAGUCACGCUUAUUUCACAGCAGGUGCGGUUUGACGCUCGGUCACGAGGGUUGGGCCGCCCGACGCAUGCGAGUCAACAUUGUCAACAUGCACCCAUUCCACGCUUCGGAGAAAUCUUAGCAGAAGUACUGGCAGGAGGAUUACUCGGACUCUGUUGACAAAUUUCACUAUCCUAGUGGUGACAGCACUUUUGACUCGGCUGCGCAUUGGUAGCUCUACAAUCUGGUCCAGUCUGCAUUUGUGUGGAAAGCGUUGCUAGGCUAGAUUUUAAUGCAAUAGUAAAGGAGCCUAACCUCUCUCACAAUGUUGUCACAAAUUAAAUGGGCGGAGUUAUUCCCUAACAAGUCCAGCAUAGUCAUCUUUGCUGCCUAUGUUGGUUUCUUUACGAAUCAAGGGAUUUUGGUAAGGUGGACGCAGUCAGCAGAUAACAGCUAUCCAUACAAUACUGUCACUGCGGUCUUGUUGACAGAUUUUAUCAAACUGAUCAUCACUUCUGCAUUAUUCUGCAGAGACCAUCCUGUUAAAGCUCUAUUAACAGAAGUCAUCAGGAAUUCUAGAGUCUGCUCGCUGUACCUGAUACCGGCAUUUUUGUACAGUUUGUACAAUAACAUAGCAUUCCUAAGCCUCUCGGCCUUUGAUCCCACCACUUAUUAUUUAUUGCUGCAAUUGCGGGUAGCAUUAACGGGAGUAGUGUAUCAGGUGAUUUUUAAGAAAAGGCUCAGUGGAACUCAAUGGAUGUCACUGUUGCUUUUGACUGUUGGCUGCAUGAUAAAAGAAAUGGAUUUCAGCAAUUUGAGUAAUUUGUUUGGGGGUUUGGAAGGAAAGAAAUGGAGCUUUCUUCUUCUUCUCUUCCAGAUGUCAUGCUCAUGUUUGGCUGGUGUGUACAAUGAGUACCUGUUGAAGAAAGAAUCCCCAUCAGCAAAUAUAUUCAUCCAAAAUGUUUUCAUGUACCUAAACUCAAUAGUGUGCAAUAUGGUGAUGGUCAUGCUGCAUGAGCCUCUUAGCCAGACAUUUUCAAGUGAGUCACUGUCAGCAGUGCUAGUGCCAAGUGUCAUCAUCUUAAUGCUCAACAAUGCCGGUGGUGGCAUUACAACCAGCUUCUUUCUGCGGAACCUUAACUCUAUUAUGAAAACAUUUACUGGUGCCAUAGAACUUACAUGCUCUGCUAUAUUAUGCUACAUCUUAUUUGGUAUUCCAAUUUACUUGAAUACAGUCAUUUCAAUAGUCACAGUGUCAUAUGCAACAAUUUUGUAUUCCUCAAAUCCUGUCUCUAAGGAAGAGGACAAUGUUAAAGAGAAGUAUGAUGUUGAAAUGUUGCAUCCAUUGAUGGACCGCGAAUCCAAAGUCACAGUAGUUUAGUGUCUCAUUUUUACCAAUAUCCUAUUUUAAGUAAUGGGAAACACUGGUCUAGCAGAGGGUAAAUGUUUUGUUCCCCACUUUGACUUUUCUAGUUCUCUCUUCCUGUGGUGUGAUCUGAGUGGAUGCAAUCGACCCAGAAGUGAAUUUUUCCUGAACAUAACUAUGAUUUCUCUUUGCUGCAAAAACCAGCUUUGAGAAAGUCAAACAUGCUGCCAUCUGUGAUGUUUAUAUCAUAUUGUGCCUUUUGAGAAAACAAUCAUGUGACUUGAUGAGGACACAUUCAUUUAUACAUGGUUCUGAUUAUCUUAGGAACUGCUUUUCUCUAGAAAAAAAAAAAAUUCAAGUGCAUAGUCCGAGCACCUUUUAUGCUAGCUCUUGAAAUUUUGCCAUCGUCUAUUCUUGUCGAUUGUAAUAAUUUUAUUGCCAUAUACAUGAAUCGAAGAGUAGAUAUCUGCCUUCGGGCAAAGAAUUUUUUUAAAAAUCGUGGCUGUGAUUGCUGUAGGUCUUUGGAACCUCACGAAUUAGCAUUCUUUGUUUGCACUAAGAUAUUAUCUGUGCUGAAUAUAUACAGAUUUCAAUUUGCUUUCAACUGUACCAUGAGCUUUAACUAGGUAUAAGAUAACAUCCUUUUAUUCUUUUGAUUUUGCUUUUAUUCUCAUUUAGUCUUGAAAUGCCUUGUCACUAGGCAGCAGUGUUUUUGUGCGUGCCCUGUUAUACUGUUAAUUGUUCAAGUAUUCUCGUUCAUAGACUAUGCAUUGUGUGGUUUGGAUUGUUAAUGUGAACCAGUGUUUUAAUGUGACAUUAAAUUCAAAUUCAUGUCAAC